AUGAACACACUGUGCCGAGUAUGGCAAUUCUGCAUUGGAUUUAUUGUCCAUUACUUCAAGAAGAAGGCUCCGCCACAAUAUUCGAAAAUUUCUUCGGAUAAAAUAGGCGAAAAACACGACUUGUCGGCCUUGUCAAUCCAUUCCCCUUGCUCGGAACACGGCAGCAACCUCAAAACACUCUUCUGCGCUCUGCUAAUUAUUUUGUUGCAAAUUCGCGUCUCAAAUUUCGUGUGGAUCCAUCGACUAGCGGCGACGGUCACGGCUGGCGUAUUGCUUGCAACAGGCGGAAAAAGUUUUUUGGAGAAUCAAGUGUUCGUAUACGUUGGCAACAUUUCGUACUCGCUGUAUUUGGUACACUGGCCCGCGUUGGUUUUCUUUAAGUAUACAGCUAACAGUAGCACAACCUCGAUUCACGGUAAGGAAUUUAUUUGGCGUAUUGAAUUAGGUAUUAUACUUGGGAAGACUAUUGUUUCAAUGGGCCGGCCCGGGCCGGGCCGAAGUAAAUUUGAAACGGGCUGGGCCAACUGAAAUUUGAAACGAGCCGGGCCGGCCGGAACCCUUCAGGCUGACGGGCCGGGCCGAAAAUCUUGGCUCGCAGACCGAAAUUGACCGAAAUUUCGGCCCAGCCCCGGUCCGGCACGGGCCGGCCCGGCCCGGGUCAUGUCUACGAUUGACUCAUCGACAAUAUCUUUCUGCCUUUUCAGAUGGAAUCCUCAUUCUUCAAGCAUGCUUUCUGCUAAGUGUUUUGGUAGAAAGCUCUUUUAAAAAAUUAAAUCCAUCAAUAAACUGUAAAGCAAAGCUGUUUCUGCUUAUCGUCGCGUUGUACAUGUGCUUGGCGGCAACUAUUUCCUUCAACAGCAACGUCCAGCAGCCUCAAGUAUCCGCGCCCCACGAACACUAUACAGAUAAUAUAACGAAACAUGAGGAGUUCCUGAUGAGUCGCCUCUUCGACUAUGAACACAUGGACCAACUCAACAUGACAAACACACAGUUGGCUGAUUAUAAUGGCCGACUCCACGACUUCUGCUUUCAUUUUGCCUCUGGGCAUAGAGUGAAGAACAACGAAACGAAGGCGAUAAAAAUUUCGCACCAGGUUGAGGUAAAUCCAGCUAUCAGUCUGCCGGCAAAAUAACAAACACUCUGUCGCAUCGAAAAACGCAAAGCUUAUUGCAUUGCGGCAAGAUCGAAUUGCUUUCACUUCAGCGACCAGAUCGGCUCAGCAACAAUGUGCUCAUUGUUUUCUCGACAGACUGAUAGUUGAAUUGAUGAUAAAUAUAAACUUUUAGGGAACAGGUGAUCUAGAAGUCCUUUUGAUUGGCAACAGCAUAAUUGCCGACUUGUAUUACGGGUUGUGGCCAAGAUUUCGUAGCCAUUACAAACGUUUGACCCUUGUGCUUACCGCCGCAACAGUUCCUUUCCAGCAAGAUUAUGAGGGCGAUCAUUCGAGACAUUUUUUGAACAUUGUCAAGAACUUUGGCCGUCCCAUAGAUCUUCUGGUUAUUCGAUAUGCGUAAGGGUUUUCCGAAGCAAGUGUGUCCCAAGUGCGACGCCCAUUUUUUCGACUGUAUUUUUGGUAGGCGCCCGGCGGAGUUUAGUGGAUGAAACCGCGGACAGCAAUUUGCGCAAAUUGGUAAGGAGAGCAGUCGUCAAAGUCUGAGUGUCACACUUGGGGCUACUUCCCUUGUGAGUGCAUCUGCAGCGGUUUCCAUUGCAGGACGCAUAGAAUCGUCGAUGACAAGAAUUACAUCAAAAAUCAUAUGCGGACCGACAUGCAGUACUUUUUCGAUCAGCUCAGCUUGCUGCCCGUUAAAAAGAUAAUCACGGGGUAUACAGAGUACAAGGCCAACCGCGAUUACAACGCGGAAAUACUGCAAAAGGCGCAGAGAGCCAACGAGGACACUUCGAAAUUCAAUUUUUCAUACAAGGUAAAGCGAACAUCGACAAAUAAAUAUUCUCUUCAGAAGGCUCGCGAACGCAACUUGCCCCUUGACAAGGUGAUAAGCACGUUGAAAUGCGACAAAUGUAGCAUAUACGAUUUUAGUCGGACCUUCUGCAACAGCAUCACCGACAAAUGCAAUGCUGUUUUGGAGAACGGAGUGAUGAUCUACUGGGACUAUAUGCAUGUUUCCGCGUUUGGCUCUUUUUUCAUGGCCGAUGAUUUUAUCAGCUAUCUCAGGCGAAUAAAUGUGAUCUAA